GUCGGCAAUGUCUUCUUUGUCCCUCGGUCAGAAUUUGGUCGACGAUCAAUCUACAUAUGGACUCUCUUACUGGUAUUCAUUUCAGAAAUCUGGAUGGCCGUUUCGAAGCAAUAUGGCGAAUACUGGGGUGUCAACAUACUUCGAGGCUUGGGAUCAGCACCGUUCGAGGCCCUGCCAGCCAUCUCCAUCUCGGACAUCUAUUUCGCUCACGAGCGUGGCGGCAAGCUCGGCGCUUAUGUGUUCGGUCUGGCAUUCGGAAGCUUCGUUGGUCCCGUUUGUGGUGGAUACAUGGUCACUGGCCAGGGUGUGAGGUGGAUGUACUGGUGGGGUGUCAUCAUUGUUGGUGCCCUGCUUGUGCUAUUCUUCUUCACUCUGGAAGAGACACACUUCAUCCGCCCUUUGGACAUGCAUGACGAAGCUUUAGUCAGCACCAUGGAUAUGCCUGAGCUCGAUAAGACGUUGACAACCAAGUCCACAUCAAAAGAAGCGGAUGAUCUGAGCGUACACCAGCCUCCCGAAGCCAUCGUUGGCGAGGUGUUCGAUGCGGAUGGAUUCCGAAUACAGUACAGUCUCUGGAAGACCUAUCCGACUACGUGGACUGCAGUCUUCACAGAGUGGUGGAUACCACUCAAAUGCAUUAACCUUCCCGCAGUUUUCUGGGUGAGUCAUUCUGCUACUUCUUCCUUACGCGAAGCUAAUCAAUGUCAGUGUGGCUUGAAUUAUGGUACAUGUGUGUCUUGGUUAGCAGUCAUGGGCACAACUGUCGCCUUGAUCUUCUCGCCACCACCCUAUCUAUUUUCCAACAGCGAUGUGGGCUUGGUGUGGUUUUCACCCUUGAUCGGAUCCCUGAUUGGAGCCUACUUCUCGGGUCCAUUGAACGAUCGCCUUACGGUGUAUCUGAGCAACCGGAACCGAGGCUGGAGAGAGCCAGAAUACCGUCUGUGGGCUUUCAUCCCAUCGGCCAUAAUUAUGCCGGGUGGUUUGAUCAUGUAUGGCGCUACAGCAGCUCACGGUCUGCAUUGGAUCGCUCCAGUCUUCGGCAUGGGUCUUGUCGGGUUCGGUCUUAGUGUUGGUGGUACAGUGACGAUGAGCUAUAUCCUCGACUCCUACAAAGAGAUUGACACGCAAGUCAUCACGACCAUUAUCUUGUUGAGGAAUAUCAUCGGCUUCGGUAUCUCCUUCGGGAUCCAGUCCUGGAUUGAUGGAAUGGGGCUACAAAAUACCUUCAUCUUUGUUGGUUGCUUGAGCUUUGCUGUCACCAUGUUCGCGGUCUUCUUCAUAGUCUUUGGCAAGAGGAUGCGAAGACGAACGACGACAAGAUAUCAACAUUUGAUGAAGACGAAGGCAAUGUAGAGGGGUCGCGCUUGUAUGGGUCGGGUCGUCAAUGUCAUGGUCUUGAGGGUUCGUCAGGCCAUUGACGCGUUCGGCUUUACUGAUGUUCUUCCAUAGGCCAGUCGAUGAGAGUAUGAUAGUAUAAAUUGUCUUCCGAGAGUAUGUUCGUCAACAAGUGCUGUGUCGAUUGUGCAGAAUUUACGCGUCAUUCAGACGUGUCGGUCCGAGGACUAGCUGAGCUCGCUCGUCCUUCCAGAUGCUCCUGUGCUAUGAGUAGUGAACGCUGUAACGAAGCAUUCUUUCAUCUUGCACAUUGUCGAAUAUACUGACAAUUCAUUUGCA